GGUAAUUGGAAGCGAGGAGCUUAUGACAAAGACUAUUGUGUCUAUUUGAUGAUGUUUAUGAUGGUCUUUCAUGGUGUUGAAACUAUCCAAGAUGGUGUUGGGAUUUUUGACUUUGAUCCCUUGGCAGAUGAAGAUUUCAGGAAGUUUCUCAGAGCUUGUUUGUGUAGCACCAUUGUGUUGUCAAAUUUGAAUGUUUACAGGGAUGAAUUUCUGAAACAAAUGGUUGCAUUUAGGGGAAACAGGAAACAAGAUGUUUUGGAUGCCUUGAUUAAACAAAGGGAAGAGUUGACGCAGAAAUACAUGAAUGACCCUUCAAAAAUUGAAAUUGUUGCAAAAAAUAGUUCAGCAAGCACUAGUGGAAAAAACCCCUGUUGUAGCCCCCUUGUUGAGGGGGGCAUAUAUAAGUGAGCCUCAAUAACCCCUUAGUCAACGCGGGUCAAAAGUUUAAGCAUGUGGUUGGGGCGGGCUUUUGUUAUGUUCGCUUCUACAGAACCUGUUGAAGGGGGCUUUAAGUUGCCCGCCUCAAUAGGUAGUAUUCUAAAGGGGCGGGCUUCCCGUUGUUCGCUUCAAUAGAUAUUCACAAAAUUUUAAAUCAACUGAAACACACCGCCAAACAGAUAACACACAAUCCCCAAAUCUGUAUUCGAAGCAAGAACCUUCCACCGCUCCUCACCGCGCGCUCCUCACCUCCUCUUCACCGCGCGGCUCCACCACCACCACCACCUUCCUCGCCUCCUCUUCCAUAACAGUCGCCGCCGACCGUCGUCUUGCCUAUCUCGGUUGACUCUGUUUCACACAGUGACGCAAUAUAUCAAGAUGUGUGAGGAUUUGAUUUUUAAAUUGGUUGGUCAUGAGCUUGAAGAUAUAGCUAUACUCGAUAUUAAGCCUUGGGUAAUGCAUGCUGAAGUUGCUGAGAAGUUUUUGUCCUUUGAAAACCAAGUUUUUCUAGCUGGUGAUGCCGCUCAUCGUUUUCCUCCAGCCGGUGGAUUUGGCAUGAAUACUGGGAUUCAGGAUGCUCAAAAUCUUGCUUGGAAGCUGGCUGCAGUUGUCAACGGUAUUGCUCCAACCACACUUCUCAGCACAUAUGAAACAGAACGGAGGCCGAUUGCCAUAUUUAACACUGCACUUAGUGUUCAGAACUUCAGAGCAGCCAUGGAAGUCCCUGCUGCCCUUGGACUUGACCCUACAGUUGGAAAUUCAGCUAUAUAUCCAAGUCCUGCAGCAUCUAAAGCUGAGUUAUGAAGUCAUGAUCAGUAUGGUUUAUUUCAGGAUCACAGCCAUGCUCAAUGUGGAAUUACAGAGGGAUCGAGUCGAUUGGAAUUAGAAAGUCAACACGGCCUUAAUUAAGGUUUGUAAUGCAUGAUCUAAAGGGAUCUAAGUGGCCGGAUU